AUGCCCUGCAACCACACGGGGCGGGUGGAUUCUAAGAUCUCCCUUGGCAUCGCUGGGAUCCUCAUCGUGUUGAGCUCAGUGGCAUGCUCACUGGGCAUCUUCAGCUACGUUGGGAUCCCCCUCACCCUCAUUGUGAUCGAAGUCAUCCCAUUCCUGGUGCUGGCUGUCGGGGUGGACAACAUCUUCAUUCUGGUCCAGACCUACCAGCGAGAUGAACGUCUUCAAGGAGAAACUCUGGAUCAGCAGCUGGGCAGGGUCCUAGGAGAAGUGGCUCCUAGUAUGUUCCUGUCCUCCUUUUCAGAGGCUGUAGCGUUUUUCUUAGGGGCGCUGUCAAAGAUGCCAGCCGUUCACACUUUCUCCCUGUUCGCCGGGAUGGCCGUCCUCAUUGACUUCCUUCUUCAGAUUACGUGUUUUGUGAGUCUCUUGGGGUUAGACAUCAAGCGUCAAGAGAAACAUCGUCUGGAUGUCCUUUGCUGUGUCAGAGGCUCUGAAGAUGGAACUAGUGUCCAGGCCUCAGAAAGCUGCUUGUUUCGGUUCUUCAAAAACUCCUAUUCUCCACUUCUGCUUAAGGAUUGGAUGCGACCUAUUGUGAUAGCGGUAUUUGUGGGUGUCCUGUCCUUCAGUAUCGCGGUGCUGAACAAAGUGGAAAUUGGAUUGGAUCAGUCUCUCUCCAUGCCUGAUGACUCCUACGUGCUGGAUUACUUCAGGUCGCUCAGAUACCUGCAUGCGGGCCCACCUGUGUACUUCGUCCUGGAGGAAGGGCACGACUACAGCUCCCUGAAAGGGCAGAACAUGGUGUGCGGGGGCAUGGGCUGCAAUAACGACUCCCUGGUGCAGCAGAUCUUCACCGCGGCUCAGCUGGACAACUAUACCCGAAUAGGCUUUGCCCCCUCGUCCUGGAUCGAUGAUUAUUUUGAUUGGGUCAAGCCUCAGUCUUCUUGCUGUAGAGUCUACAAUGGCACAGAUCGCUUCUGCAAUGCCUCAGUGGUUGACCCUGCCUGUGGUCGCUGCAGACCUUUAACCCCAGAGGGCAAACAGAGGCCUCAAGGGGAAGACUUCAUGAGAUUCCUGCCCAUGUUCCUUUCUGAUAACCCAAACCCCAAGUGCGGCAAAGGGGGACAUGCUGCUUACAGUUCAGCCGUUAACAUCCUUGGCAAUGACACGGCUGUCGGAGCCACUCACUUCAUGACCUACCACACUGUGCUUCAGACCUCUGCUGACUUUACUGAUGCCAUGAGAAAAGCCAUCCUCAUCGCCGGCAACAUCACCAAAACCAUGGGCCUCGAUGGAAGCGGUUACCGUGUGUUCCCGUACAGUGUGUUCUAUGUCUUCUACGAACAGUACCUGACCAUUAUCGAUGACACGAUCUUUAAUCUCAGCGUGUCCCUGGGAGCCAUCUUCUUGGUGACCCUGGUUCUCCUGGGCUGUGAACUGUGGUCUGCGGUGAUCAUGUGUGUCACUAUCGCCAUGAUCUUGAUCAACAUGUUUGGCGUCAUGUGGCUCUGGGGCAUCAGUCUGAAUGCGGUUUCCUUGGUCAAUUUGGUUAUGAGCUGUGGCAUUUCAGUGGAGUUCUGCAGCCACAUCACGAGAGCGUUCACAGUGAGCACGAAGGGCAGCCGCGUGCAACGGGCCGAAGAGGCGCUCUCUCACAUGGGCAGUUCCGUGUUCAGUGGAAUCACACUAACAAAAUUUGGAGGGAUUGUGGUGCUGGCGUUUGCCAAGUCUCAGAUCUUCCAGAUAUUCUACUUCAGGAUGUAUCUGGCUAUGGUCUUACUGGGAGCCACCCAUGGCUUGAUAUUCCUUCCUGUCUUACUCAGCUACAUAGGCCCAUCUAUAAAUAAAGCCAAAAGUUUGGCCACUCAAGAGCGAUACAAAGGUACAGAGCGAGAACAGCUCCUAAAUUUCUAGCCUCUUGCGAGGUCUGGG